UUCCUCAAGUUUUGGAAAUGUUUUCCGAAGUUGUUCAUCAACGGUAUGUUCGUUUAUAAGCCUUUGAAACGGCGCCGUUAGUUCUUCUUAAAGUAACGCUGGUUAUUAUAGAAGUAACAUGUUUCUGUGCGCCAGAAACGUUUCUGCGAUAGAUGUUUGCUGUAAAAAAGCCGCUGGGACGUUUUCGUUGCGGACCGUAACGGCGGCACCGUCAUGAAACCAGGCGCGCCGUUAGCUAGCGGUUCCCCUCGGUGAGAGCGGGACGACACCACGAAUGCUGCCCGCACCCUCCGUCGCGUUAUGGUCAUUCCUCUUAGAUACGUAGACGUCUUAAACGUCCUAGUGUGGUGCUGUUUUCCACCGUCGCUUUGUUCCCGUUGCUGUAACGAUGUGAGCGGUCGUGAGACUCGACGUGCCGGUGAGACGGUGCGCGGUGCUGGACGUCAGCAUGAAGACGGCACUUCUCGGGAUUCAACAUUACUACAGCAUCAUUUGUCUGAGAAAACGCAGAGCCUCUCGAGUGCAAUGCAACACAACCGAGGUGGGAGAUCAGCGAAAGUGAGAAACAUUAGGAAGGAUGUUUUGGUGUCCAUCUUUUCUUCAGCUCAUGCUCCUCCAUGGAGACCCUCCUUCUACACAUUAUUUACCCAUGUGUCCCGGCGUGGCCCCAGAAGCACACUAACCAGAUACAACCUGGGCCACACUCUGCCUCAGGUUCAGAGUGUGGCCCAUCCAUCUGCAUUUGGAGUCAGAUUCCGCAAAUGUGCAGUUGUGAAGCUUGAUGUUGAUCCUCCACAGCUGAUGUUUUUCCUGCUGAUUCACACCAAUGGCAGCAAUUUGUCUCAGGUUGCUAUCCGGGACUCAAUUUCUGGAAUAAUACCCCUUAAAACUGAAGGCAGGGUGGUAGAAAAAGGCUACCAGACAUUUGCCAUUGAUUCACUGUCCGCUGGGUCUCAGGUUGCUGUCAACUAUACUGCUCAAGUAAGGAGUCACAAGAGUGAACUUAUGGACCUUCCAGCUUUUCUCACCUUUUCCAAUGCCUCACAGAAUGAUGUCAGCAUGUUUGGUCCACUAACAGCUAAUCUAACACUAAGGGUGAAUUCUACUGACAGGAUAUAUCCUAACCAUGGAGUUCAUUUUGCUGGAUUUGUUGCUGGAUUCUGUGUCACUUUGGUGCUGCUGCUGUUUGGGUUUAUUGCAAUGAACCUAAUAACAUCCAGAACCAGGCUGAACCUUCUUCACCAAAGGAGAAACAGAGGUGACUCAGACCCAGAGUAUGCAGACUGCAACAUAAGUGAGACCGUUAAAGAGGAGGCAGCAUUUGAAGACAAGAUGGUUGACAUCAUGGUACUGGAAGACCCCCAAAACAUGUAUCAGGCUUUGGAGAAUCUUGAGAUGUCUACGCUGCUGCGAGCCACUAGUAACCUGGAAACCACCCGAAUUCAGAUCUACAAGGACGUGAUGUCCUCGCUCCUGGCCGGCCUGAAGAACCAGGGCCAGGCCAGCUCCCAGGCGCAGCAGAGGCUGCUCAGUGUGCUCCACGGACAGCUUCAGGGGAUGGAAGGUCGGCUGAAGGAAGAGAGAGGGGCCCGCAUGGCUGCUCUGGCUGCUCGUUGUAACCUGGAAACACGGGAAGAAAUGGAAGCAGAGCACUGCCGGGAAACCGCUGAAAAAGCUCAGGCUGAGUUGCUGUGUAAACAUGCAGACCAACAGGCGCUCCUCCAGUGCAGUGUCCUCCUGGAGAAGCUGCACAAGUUGAGUCAGAGUCGGCUCCAGCGCAUACUGUUAGUUCGACAUGAAGAAGCCUCAGCAAAGGUCCAAAGACAGAUCAUUGAGUGGCGCCGGGUGGAACUCCACAAGAUCUUUGCAGAGGAACUAGAGGAGGCCACAAGGAUGGGCGAAUUGGAGAAGAGCACAGCCAAAAGUCUUCAGCAUGAUUACUUUACAUGUCAAGAUCAGCUAGAAGAAGUUCUGGAUGUGAUCCUUGCCAAUCAGCGUUGUGUGCUGUCUGAACGGCAAGCACAGAGGAAGUUCCUGCUGCACAGUCUCCACAGUCUCAAUAGCCUAAUUACAGACAUCUUUUCCAGUACCUCUAGAAAUCUGGACAGCUGGUUUAUUCACAUUAGGAGAGGGAGCACUCUUCCCACCGAGCAAAUAGACCAGCUACAGGAAAAGGCUCAGAAAGACCUGGUGAUGGCGAGGCAGAGACUUGAUGAGACUCUGGGUCAAGAGAGAAGAGCUAUGCGCUGUAGCCUCAUCAAGAGGAGAAGAGAGCUCAUCUCUGAAAUGCUGUGCCGCCACAAGCAGAGACAAAAGGAUCUGUCGGGUCUGUCCAAAGGUCUGGAGGGAAAGAUAGAAGUAGCCCAGCACCUCAGGUGUUGGCAGGACAUACUCACAGCUCACAGCCUGGAGGUAGCUGAGCUCAUAAACAAUCUGGACGAGGAGGCUACAGCUGACAUACGCAAGGUGACCAUGCGUGUCAUCCAAGGUGCCAUAGCAGAAGUCAAAGCCAUCCAGCCUUCUGCAACACAAGCUGUGCUGUCACUUUUGCCUCCUGGGUCACAAUGCUCCCUAAUGCAAGUGGAACCAGAAUCAGGUCCUGGAGCAAACUCUCUCCUGCAGGGCCAGGAGAGGCUGCACCAGGAAGGCAAGGCAGCUUUACACACACUUAGCUGCACUAGAGAGGCUCUCCAGGAUGCCAUGGAGAGAGAGAUGCAGGAGCAGAGGGAGCUCAGGGAAUGCUGCAGAUCUUUCUUCAGGUAUUUGUGCUCUUCCCAGCUCACCCUGUCCGAAGACGACAGGCUGAGAAUGAAACUGGAAUUUCAGAAGUGUCUGUCUGUGAUGGACCUUUGCCUGGUUCUUCCUUACGCUGUUUCCAGAAUGAAACUUCAUACUGCCCUAGCCGCUUGGAGAAAGGACAAUGAAAAACAGAUGAUAAAUUCACAAUUCAAGAGCGAGAGCAAACAGAAAAUGGACACAUCUGAUGUGAUGCAUUUCCAAAAAAAGCUCAAGGACAGAAUCCAGCUGUUUGAGAGGGAAAAGGAGAUGGAGAGUGGUUUCAUGAACAAGGUGUUAGAGGAGAUGCGUAAGGAAAGAGAGGACGACCUCCGCUCUCAAGCCAACAACGUGGCGAUGCAGAUGGCUGCCAUUCACUACCAGAAGGCUGAGAGAAGGUGUAAAGUCCUGGAGACCUCCAGAGCUAUGGUCACCCUGCACAGCAUGCUGAUUCAGCUCCUCAGAGAGAAAAAGAACCUGGAGACACAAGACAUGGCUCAGAGUAUACAGAGUUACUGCUCGGGCCUAGAGGAAGCAGAGCAGGAGCUUCAGAAUGAGAAGACAGAACUAGACAACCUGGAGAUGUGCAAGACCAAAGUUGGGUCAAAUGAAACACUUGGAGAGGAUUCAGAUGAGGGGGAGAAUGCCACUGAGGAAGAUAAAGUGUUUCAGCUGCAGGAGGACUGCAGAAUGGGGUCCAUCCUCCAAGAGGCACUCUACAAGUGUGGCCAGCUCAUCACACUGUUGGCUGAGAGGUUACUAGAAAUGACUGCCAACAAUCAAGCCACAGAAGAUUUAAAGGAACAAAUGGAGCUCAAGAGACUUUAUGCAAACUGUGACCAGGAUCUGGCGUUUGCAUCUCAGCUAGUGAAACAGAACCAAAUGUCGACAGAGUUUCUGGUGGAGGCACUUCGCCUCCUCCUCCCCACCCUGCCCGAAAGCGAACUUCUAUCUAUCAUAGAUGCUCUCUGCCGCAAACAGCAAUCAGUCCCAGCGUCUGCAGAGCUGAAUCACGCAGGGUGUGCUGAGGGAUCGAAUCGCCUUCUUGCCGUCAAGCUGAGGGAUGAUGUGGUUCAUAAAAAUAUGCCGAGCUGUUCUGUGGACAGAGAGAGCCUCCGUGGAAAAAUGAAGACUCUGAUGGAAAAACUGCUCCCCAGGUCCUUUCUCCCGGCUCCAAGAGAUGAAGCGCCAGUGCUGGUUGGGGAGAAUAGUUUUACCAGAGUACAAAAGUCUGAUUCUAAACCAGCCAUGACUGAAAGCAGAGGUGUUGAUCGUCAGCAGAGUGACACCGCGAAAGUAGGGACCACAGACACAGUGAAUGAACGAUUACAGAGCUCAGCAGAGGAGCCCCUGGCUUCAGUCUGUGUCAGCACUGUACCGAGCAGCCCCGCUACUGGGGGAAGGUUGUUUGUCUUUCGAGAUGCACAUGAAUUGCCUGACAGCGUGGACGUCCCCAAGAGGAAAAAGAAAAGGAAUUUUCUCAAUCUGAAGUCAGGUUCAGUGGCUCCAACAAACCUACCUUGAGAUGUGCAGACGUUGUUGCACAUGGUUUUAUACAUGUUUGUAUAUAUACUGUGCAAGAAUGAACUCCAUAGCUCUGCUAUAAAGAAAAGAGCUAGUUUUCUGUCAAACAUGUACAGUGUUGUUUUUAAACUAAGGCAGCUCAA